AUGAGCUCUAUUUAUUACAUCGGCGUCGUGGUAAGUUACAUUGCUUCCUUCCUGGAGCGCGUCGCCCCCCCUCCCCGCCCCUGCGCGCCUCAUUCCCCGCCCACGCCCGCGCCCCAGAGCCGUCCUUCGUGUAAACAGCUGUAUUUGAAGCGGAGUCCGCCAUCCGAUAGCGAUCGCGGCUGCGCUCAUAAAUCGUACGCUAACCUGUUGAAACACGCCGAUAAGCAAACAAGCGGGCGAAAGUUGGCAGACUCUUAUCAGCCGACAUCGAGAGCUAUUGACACCGUUCGCCCCCAGGGAACCGGCGCCGGCCGCUCGGCUCAUGUACAC